AUGUCCUCUCGUUAUGAUGAUCGAGACUACCGCGGUGGCGAGCCUCGUCGAAGAGAACGAGACCGUGAGCGUGACCCCCGCGAGCGUGUUGAACCUACAGCCCGAGAAAGAAGGAUAAUAGACGACCACCACCCCGAACGAAGAGAAAGAGACACUCCAAUGUCUGAUGUCAUGGACAUUGGUAUUGACCGCCGUAUGGAAGUCCGUCCGGACCCCAGGAUGGAGCGCAUGGAUAUCGCAAGAGACCCAACAAGGGCCAACACUGCCAGGAGCAUCGAUCCCAUCCGGUCGGAACGAACCGUGGACAGCCGUAGUGUCGAGCCACCUGAAAGAAUGUAUACAGAUCCCGCCACUGGAAUAUCGACAAUGUACCGCCAAGUGCCCCAGAGCAGAUAUCCCCGUGAAGACCGUGAUUACCUUGAUCCUGUUCCUCCCAGUCGUCGUAUACCAAUGGACGCAACCAUGAGGGAUGAACCCUCAAGGCCACAACUUCAACUCUCCGAGUUCUGGUGCCCAGGAGAAGGGAUCGAACGAGAAGUGAUCCAACAUGAAAUUUGCAAAUUCCUUGGCCAGGAUGCCACAUGUCGUCCCGGCGUCGAUAAUCGAGUAUGCUACCUCAAAAAUAGGUUGUUCCAUGAGCAUAUCGCGCACUUACGACGGUACGAACUCCGGUUACCCUUUGUGCCCUCCCUGACAAGAGAAUCCCAUACUGACCGCACCACGGCUAGGCGAUGGAGCAGAGCCUCCGCGAUGAAUCUGAGAGAUGGCUACGCGAAAAAGAUCGAAGGCGACGACAGGGUGAAACCCGAGGUAUGGGCCGUACGACACCUCCAGCAAUCGAGUCUAAGGCUCGGGCAGGUUCCUAUGCCGACUUGGCAGAUUCGCAAGAAAGGACCCAAGACCGCAGGCGCUUCCCACAACCUGGAGAUAUGGACCUUGACGAGGAUGAUUAUCGUGCGCCCCUCAGGCAUCGUGAACCCCGUGAGCGUGAGCGUGAACGUGAGCGUGACCUGGAACCUCCUCGCCCAGUGGCCACUGGCCGUAUCCCAGUCACUACUGGCUAUCCUCCGGAACCUGGAUAUACUCAAUAUGCCAUUUCUUCUCAACCGUCAGGAUACCCUCCGGGCCAACCGGCAUACUACGGAGUAG